AUGCGGUCGGCAUACGCUUUCCUCUUCCCGGUAGUCGCUCUCGUCUGCUGCGCUACCCCAGCAGCAUCCUGGAGCGAUGUCUACGAUGUGACCUUGGUCCCCCGAUCUCCUUACCCUCUGCUCGAUGACAGGCCACCCGAGUGUCCGCCAUGCUUCAACUGCCAGCUCGAUUCCUACAAUUGUACCCACUUUGCGACUUGCAAUCAGUACAAUGGCAAGUGCUCUUGUCCACCGGGCUUUGGCGGUGAUGAUUGCUCAACUCCAGUCUGCGGAGCGCUUUCCGACGGCGAGAACCGUCCCCGGCGAGAGGGCGAUACCUGUCACUGCAAAGAGGGCUGGACUGGCAUCAACUGCAAUGUCUGCGAAUCCGAUAAUGCCUGUGAUGCCAUGAUGCCCGAGGGUGAGGGCGGCCGAUGCUAUAAACAGGGUGUCACUAUCAAAGAGAAUUUCCAAAUGUGCGACGUUACCAACCGAAAGAUCCUCGACCAGCUCGAUGGCCGGAAGCCCCAGGUGACUUUCUCCUGUAAGGACGAAGACAAGACUUGCAACUUUCAAUUCUGGGUCGGUCAGAAAGAGUCUUUCUACUGCGGGCUAGAUACUUGUGAGUGGGGCAUGGAGAAUGAUUAUGACACGAACAUCACAAAUUACAAGUGUGAGAACGCCCACUGUAGCUGUAUCAAGGACCGGUUCCUGUGCGGCGAAAAUGGAUCGAUUGAUCUCAGUGACUUCCUCGAUCAGGUCAUUAAAGGGCCGGCCACUUUCUCCACCACAACGACUGCGAAGGGCACGAAGAGUGUCUUCUCCGAGCCAGAAAUGAACAACCUGAUCAGCGGCGUGUUCGGUGACCCGAGUAUUUUCCUGAGCUGCAAUUCGGGAGAAUGUCUUUACAAAACCGAUUUACCAGGUUACGAACGACCCAUCAAGAAAAUAAACACGCCUUUGAUUGCUGGUGUGAUCGCUGGCUGCUCUCUCUUCGUGGUUGCUGUCAUUUUGUUGUUCUGGUAUCUUUCUCGUCGGGCUGCUCGACGCGGGUACCUUCGUUUGUCUCUAUCCGAUGACUCCGAUGACGAGUCUGCCAGACUGCUGGCUGAGCAUCGCCCUGCAGCACUCUAUUGGGAUGACGUUUCGUACUAUCUGAAUGGCAAGGAAAUUCUCUCCGGUAUUCACGGUGUUUCCGGACCAGGGCAGAUCACCGCGAUUAUGGGCGCAUCUGGUGCGGGUAAAACCACCUUCUUGGAUCUUCUAGCCCGCAAGAACAAGCGCGGUAUCGUGCAAGGCAACUUCUACGUGAACGGUGAGAAAAUGAUCGAUAGUGAGUUCAAGAGCAUGGUAGGCUUCGUCGAUCAAGAAGACACGAUGCUGCCCACUUUGACGGUGCAUGAAACCAUUCUCACCAGUGCUCUUCUGCGACUACCGCGGGACAUGAGCCGGGCGAUCAAAGAGCAGAAGGUAUAUGAAGUGGAAAAGCAGUUGGGAAUCUACCAUAUCAGGGACCAGUUGAUUGGAUCCGAGGAGGGUAAGGGCCGCGGCAUAUCUGGCGGAGAGAAGCGCCGUGUUGGUAUUGCUUGCGAGCUUGUUACAAGUCCUAGUAUCCUGUUCUUGGACGAGCCGACGAGCGGACUGGAUGCAUACAAUGCUUUCAACGUGGUGGAGUGUCUUGUGACGUUGGCCAAAACAUAUAAUCGCACUGUCAUCUUCACAAUCCACCAACCCCGCUCCAACAUCGUUGCAUUGUUUGACAGGUUGAUUCUCCUCGCUCGUGGUCGAACGGUCUACUCUGGCCCGUUCUCCAAGUGCCAGCAAUACUUCGACCAAAUUGGAUACUCCUGCCCUCCUGGGUUCAACAUCGCAGACUACCUGGUCGAUUUGACAAUGCAUGCGAGUGAAACAACCUCUUAUCGUGAUGACAUUGGCCCUGCAACAGAAUCUCAUGAUGUUCCACCGAAGACAGCGUCUAGCAGCCUCAGGGCGGUCAAAUCUGUCGCCAGCGCAUCCAACGUGAGCAUGGAGGACAACUCAAGCAUGACGGCAGAGCCAACAAGGCGGCCAAAGAAUAGCCGAAGGGUGUCCCUCAAGCAGCAGCAGGAUCGCCAGCUCUAUUCUCGAAGAAGCAACCAGGAACGGCCCACCACGCCUAAGACUGAUGAAGAAGAUGCUACGCUCGACGUGGCGGAAAACACUCAGCAGUGGCUUCGGCUCCAUCGCCAACCUGGAAACGUUCCUCCACAAAUUCUCGACGACCCGGAUCAGCUACCUCCUCCGGCACCUGGUCAGACUGAUCUUGAUGUACUGGUGGCCAGCUAUGCCGAUUCUAAUAUUAGCCGUGCCGUCCAGGAUGAAAUCAAUUCUGCCAUUCAAUCGGCACAGACUGCGAAUGGCUCUACCAACUCGCACCUGGCGAAUGGCUCUGGUAAUGGACAAGGCAGCUACGCUCGGAUAAGCUUGGGUCGUCAAUUCCUCAUCCUAUCCCAACGCACCUGGCGUAACCUUUAUCGCAAUCCUAUGCUGAUGCUUACGCAUUACGCUAUCGCUAUAUUGCUUGCCGUUCUCUCCGGAUAUCUAUUCUACGGGUUGACGGACGACAUCAAGGGUUUCCAGAAUCGGCUGGGUCUCUUCUUCUUCAUUCUGGCGCUGUUUGGCUUCAGUACCCUCACAAGCUUGACCGUCUUCUCUACAGAGCGACUCUUGUUUGUGCGGGAACGAGCCAACGGAUACUACCAUCCAGUCACUUACUUUGCUGCCAAGGUUGUCUUUGACAUUGUGCCUCUUCGGCUUAUCCCGCCCAUUAUCAUGGGCGUCAUCGUAUAUCCAAUGACCGGACUGAUCCCCGCUUGGCCCGAAUUUUUCCGCUUCAUGUUAAUCCUCGUCCUGUUCAACCUGGCCGCGGCCUGUAUAUGCCUUUUCAUUGGUAUCAUCUUCCGGGACGGUGGCGUGGCAAACUUGAUUGGCAGUCUUGUGAUGCUCUUUAGCUUGUUGUUUGCCGGUCUUUUGCUGAACCACGAUGCGAUUCCUGCAUCCGCCUUGUGGUUGCAAAGCCUUUCUAUUUUCCACUACGGGUUCGAGGCGCUUAUUGUCAACGAGGUCACGUUCCUGACUUUGAUCGACCACAAGUACGGUCUGGACAUUGAAGUCCCCGGUGCUUCCAUCUUGAGUGCGUUUGGAUUUAACACGCUGGCCUACUGGCAAGAUGUCGUGGGCUUGGCCAUCUUCUCUGGAGCCUUCAUUAUUAUCGCGUACGCUGCGAUGCACUUCCUUCUUGUGGAGAAGCGGUAA